AUGCCCUCCUACACACCGUAUGUGGCGCACACCAAGAGGGUGACGGCUCGCCUGCGCGCCCGCAUGCACAAGCAGUCGUUCACAAGCGCUCUUCUCGCCUCCACACAAGCGGAGCGGACGGAUUUGUCGAAAGUAGCGGACGCGCGUCUGCGUGAGUUGACGGCGCUCCGAGCGGACCAUCAGCGCACAUUCGACCCUAGUUUCAAGCAGAAAGCGCUGAACCUCCUCCAGACCUUACCGCUCAAGGCCGCGGCAGAUGAUCCACAUUUCUCCUACACAUUGGCCGCGUUGCGGGUGUGCGGGUACUUCAGCGCAGCGCAGUCCCCGGCAACCUUCAACUUGCUCAACCACGCGACACGGCAUACCUUCCUCCUCGACGCGUUCAACUUCUAUCAGCUUUUCCUCGCACUGGAGGAGAUGCGUCAUCCUCAGACGGCGGAGAUACUGUCAAUCGUGCUACCCCGUGUGAUGGAGGUGGCGGCUGACUUCACGGAGGGAGAGGCACGCCUGCUACUUGAUCUUUACUUCAAGCACAACUUGCUCACCAAGGAGCUCAGCGAGAGGCUUGUAGGCGUGAUCACAGGCUCGGUGAACGACUUGAGUGGAAAGGAUUUGAUCAGCGCUGUGGCGGCAGUGCCGACCAUGGGUAGUGAACAGAUUUCACGCCGAUUUCUGGAAGCCGCGACGCCGCGCCUUUGCCGCGCCCUGCGAGAGACUACAGAGCAGGUGCAACUUUACAAGGCAACGUAUCUGGCACACCCCGGCCGAGGCGGCGGGGCCUCGGAUGCAGCGCGACCGAUGCCAAUACGCGACGCCGACGGUCAGCCGCCGCCGAAUCCCGGUAUGGAGACACCCACUGAGAGAACUCUGCGACGCAGGAAGGAGGAGGAGUGGCGUCAGUUCCUGGCCAAUCAAAUUCACGAAGGGAUCAGCUUGCACCGAGAGUUGCAGAAAAGCGUAGCGUGGCUGUGCUGGGCGCCGCGCCCGCUCCUGAAUGAGCUGGUGCGGUGCGCGCUGAUCUUCAGCGAGCCACUCCUCACCGACUCAGCGGAGCAACUCCCUGCAGCUCUCAAAGGUAAGGCAACUGGUGCGAGUGCCUCCUCUGGCGCGAUAUCUGAGGACGGCGAGCUGAUGGCAAUCGUGGCGGAGCGCGAAAAUUAUGCGCGCGACCUGUCGCAGGUGCGGCGCCGCAGCCUCUGCCACUGCCUGAAAAUGCUCCAUUUCACGUCUUACAGACACCUUCCUGCCCUCCGCCUCCUCUCUGCACGAAUUGCGGCAGCAAAGGAUGUCUUGGGCAUUGUGUCUCCCCUGGUGCUGGCUCGUGAGCUUUCACAGGCUGUAGAGGCUAUCGCCUUUUUUUAUGCGACAGACUGUACCCCAGCCGUGACGGCAAUAAUCGAUGACAUCGUUGCGCACAUCGAGCCUGUCACGAAUUCACCGGCGCUGCUGAAUGAUGGUCACACGCUCUCCGUAGAAGAGGUGAGGCUUAUGGAGCGGGUGGUGCUGCGCCUGCUGCUCAGCUGUGCGCGGUUUCUCUCCACGCGCAUCUCGGAGAAGGCGGAGAAGAACGCGCUGCAGAGAGCGCCUGCCCAGGAGGAGGCGAUGCGCGCCAUCCUGGCCCAAGCCACGGCGUUUGCUAUUUCGCCCAUAACACGAGCCUACCUAGCGCUCGGGUUGCGGCUCCUGCACCCUGGUAAGGUGCAUAGAGAGAGGGACACUAAACAAGUGAAGUGCUUUAUGGGGACCAUGCACCUGCUCUAUGUGACCACCGUUAUUCUGACCGCGUCUGCACAGCCAGGUGCAUCACCGACGGCGUUGGAUUCAGCCGCACUCGAAGUCCUGCGCGCCAUCCUUAGGCAGCUCGUGCCGUGGGCGCAGAGGAUGGCGACCAUGCAGGCCGGUGAGAUGCCGGAGGAGGCAGCGGUGGAGAUGGCGAAGGCGCUGGCCCUGCUUAAGAAGCAUCCGGAGAUCAUGGACACUCCGGCCGGGGCCACGUCGCAGGGAGAGGGCAUCGAGGAAUGA